GAUACUUAAUGACCAUUAAACUAUCGUGCCAUCACAAUAAAGGAGCUCAGCCAUUAUUAAGUGCUUCAAAGUGGCUUCUCCAUCCACGUUCAGUUCAGUGCAGGCUGCACUACCACUACUGAUUCCUUAAUUGGAGAUUCCUCAUCUCCAUUACAGAAGCUCUUUAAGUCAUCUAUGGGUAAGCCAAUAGGAGUAAGGCCUCUUGGACCUAGGCCUAUGUUAAGGCCAUUGUGUAUGAUUGCUGUUUGUCUGGCUAUGGUGGUCUGUAGUGUCCAUGGACAACUUGUGCCUGCUCUGUAUAUAUUUGGAGAUUCCACUGUGGAUGUGGGGAACAAUAACUACUUGUACACUCUUGUUAAGAGUGAUUUUCCUCCUUAUGGCAGGGAUUUUGACACCCAUGUUCCAACAGGCAGGUUCUGUGAUGGAAGACUGGCUACAGACUAUGUUUCCGAAACAUUGGGUUUCACAUCCUUCCCACCUGCCUAUCUCAGCCCUCAGGCCUCUGGUAAAAAUAUAAUCACUGGAGUAAACUUCGCUUCUGGAGCUUCUGGCAUAUAUGAUGAAACUGCAAAGCUCUACAAUGCCAUAUCCUUGACACAGCAGUUGCAGUAUUUCCAUCAAUACCAAUCCAAGCUAACAAGCUUGGUGGGACAGCAGAAUGCUUCAUCUACCGUGUCCCAGGCUCUGUACAUCCUCAGUUCUGGUGCCAGUGAUUUUGUACAGAACUAUUAUAUUAGUCCUAUUCUCCUCAAGACCUUCACCGUUCCACAGUACAUAGACACUCUUAUAUUACCAAUGGUCUCAAGAUUUGUUCAGACUCUGUAUAAAUUUGGGGGUAGAAGAAUUGGAAUAACCUCUCUUCCUCCAAUGGGAUGCCUACCAGCUGCCAUUACCCUCUUCGGACACGGCAGUAACGACUGUGUCACCCGCCUGAAUCAGGAUGCUCUGCUCUACAACCGCAAGCUCAACAGUACAGUAAAAGGAUUAGCAGCCAAGCUGCCGGGGCUGAAAAUUGCAGUGUUUGACAUCUACACUGCUUUGUUAGACAUCGUUAAGCACCCUUCAGACAAUGGGUUUGCAGAGACUAGAAGGGCUUGUUGCGGGACAGGUAUAAUUGAAACAUCAAUUCUUUGCAAUGAAAAGUCUUUUGGAACAUGUUCCAAUGCUUCCUCCUAUGUUUUCUGGGACAGUUUCCAUCCUUCCCAGGCUGCCAAUGAAGUGCUUAGCAGUUCACUUGUUCUUCAGGGGAUCUCACUUAUUUUCUAAAUAUCGUGCUAUGACAUUUAUGUUAUGUUUUAAGUAUAUGUACUAUACUGUUUUAGCCAUGACGGCUAUAUAUAGACGUUCUACAAAGUACUAUAACAGUGAAUAUGUCAUGAAUGUGAAAAAGCUCUCAUGAACAGGUGAGUUCAGAGGGUCUUCUCAGUCAUCUGUUGCUUAUAAGUGUUGAAAAGCACUGCAUAAGAAAUUUGUGCAAAAAUGGUGUUGCUAGUUUCAAAUGAACACCUACAGGGAUAUAAAAAAUGACGGUGUUAUGAAAAAUUAUUUAAUAUAUUUGAAGGAUUUGACUAAAUAAAGAUAACGUAUGACAGAACAGAUUUAAGUGUUU